UGAUGGAAGUGGUGGUCUGGGCACUUCUAGAAUAUCUCCAUCUGGGACUUCUUUCCUUUCCAGGAAAGAUUGUGCUGUUACCAUAGUGAUGACUUUAGGGUCUUUAGCAGGCAGGACCCACACUCAAAUAGGUUCCAUUUGUUCCCACCUUCUCGUGGUCAUAGAGCCCUUAGGGAUUAGGAACAGACAAGCUGUGGACAGGUACAGAUCAUUUUCCCUACCUUCUCUGCUUCUCUCUGCCUAGUCUCGGUUGUUGCCACCAUUGUUUCCCAGGCAUCAGGGCAGCCCUCCUGGUUCCUCCUGCCUCAGGGCUCCAACCGCUGGGCAGAGGAAGGCCUGGUGCUGACUUGCACCUGGAAGCAGACACUGGGAAGAGAGGCUGAGCUGAGGAUGAGUAGGGUAGAGAAGAAAGGGGGCAGGAGGGAGGCCACAGAUACAAUUUUGUGCUUUUGGAAAGAGCAUGUUGAUAAUGGGUUCCAGCUAUCUGGGAGCUUUAGAUGAUGUUCAUUUUCUCUCUCCUGGCCUCUCCUCUGGUGAAGAAAAGCUCCCUGGUGGUUUGGCGCACAAAGCUUAGCCUGAGAGGUUGCCAAAUGGAUAAAACAUCUGGAUGAAUUGUUUGUGUCACCAAGCACGGGAGCCUUCCAAAUCUGGGCAAAGAACAGUACAGGGGGCAGCAGGAUGAAUGUGGGCACGGCACACAGCGAGGUGAACCCGAACACGCGGGUGAUGAACAGCCGCGGCAUCUGGCUGUCCUACGUGCUGGCCAUCGGGCUUCUCCAUGUCGUGCUGCUGAGCAUCCCCUUCGUGAGUGUCCCUGUUGUCUGGACCCUCACCAACCUCAUCCAUAACAUGGGCAUGUACAUCUUCCUGCACACAGUGAAGGGGACACCCUUUGAGACUCCAGACCAGGGCAAAGCAAGGUUGCUAACCCACUGGGAGCAGAUGGACUAUGGAGUCCAGUUCACGGCCUCUCGGAAGUUCUUGACCAUCACACCCAUCGUGCUGUAUUUCCUCACCAGCUUCUACACCAAGUACGACCAGAUCCAUUUCAUCCUCAACACUGUGUCCUUGUUGAGUGUGCUCAUCCCCAAGCUGCCCCAGCUCCAUGGAGUCCGGAUUUUUGGAAUCAAUAAGUACUGAAGGGACCACCCCUGUCCCUGCCCAGGCUGGCAGGAGAGGGGUAGGAAGGCCUGUGCUGCGAUGCUGAAGACAGAAGGAGCCUCUGGACACUGCCAGAGAUGGGGGCUGAGCCUCUGGGCCUGGUUUUCCCCUCACAUCCCCCAGUAGCCAACUUGGAGUAGCUUGUAGUGGGGUUGGGGUUGGCCCCCUGGGUUCUUUUCUAACCCUUUCUAAGGGUUCUGACCCCUUCUAUAUAUAUAUAUUUUUAAUCUUUUCGUUUGCCUUUUGAAUAGAGACUCCGUGGGGGUGGUCAUGGAAUGGGCUGGGCUCCUGGGCUGAGCAUGCACCAGGAGGUCUUGACAGGAGGCCAAGGGAAGUACCCCUGCCCACUUGUUGCCCUCAGGCGGCUAAAGGACUUUAACUCCUGCCAGGGGAGCACAAGGGUGGUACAGCUUUGGGAUUGUUUCACUUUAAUUCUUAAAUCUUUAGGAUGACACUCAGUGUGUGCUUGUAUGUAUGAAAGCUGGUGUGUGAGGGGGUCUCACCCCUCUGGGUAGAGAGCUGUCUAAUCCAAGUCUCAGGCUUUUGGCAGCUUCCCUACAACCCACCCUGGGGUCUGGUUGGCUCUGGAGAAGGAAGAUAGGGAAGAGUGUGGAUGGCUUGGUCCCAGAGGUGGGGUGACCAGGGCUGCUGCCCCCCUGGCCCUGGUGGGGGUAGGAAGUGGGGUGUGAGGAGGAUAGUGAGUUGAGACUUAGAAGAAGGGAGUUGGAUAGCAGCAGAGGAUGGGUAUAAGGGAGGGGUGAGGACACAAGCUAGUCUCUGUCUCCUCUCGUAUGGGCGGGGAGGGCAGCCCAUUUGGAGGAUUAAUUACUGGCAGAACAGUGAUGGUGAUAGGGAAGGGAGGCUGCUGUGUGGCUUGAAGCUCCUGGGCUGGGUGAGGGAGUGGACAAGGGAGCUAGAGGCCUGUGAGUCAUUGUAAGCACAGGUCCAGUCUGGCACUGCUUUCUGCAGUGGCGUGAAGGGUGUGGGGAAGCCUCGAGGGAAAUGGGGGAUGAUGUGGUCCUCUGCAGCUCGUCACCCUGUAACUUCCUGUGCACACUGGCAGGGCAGGGCCUCUCGUGCAGUGUGCACCUGUGGGGCGCUCAGGCCACCUCUGCACAGGUCGGUGGGCUAGAGCAGGCCAGCGGAGGGAACAAGGAGUGGCCUGUGGGUGCUGUCUCCUCAGCCUGAGGAGGAGAAGGGUGGGCCCUGAGCCUCCCCAGUCCGACUAGGGGUGGUGUUACUAGGGUUGAAAUGGAGAGGGACAUGUGUCCUUGCCUAGGGGCCUGCAGGAGAGGAGGUCACUGGCCCUCGUGCCCCUCCCUCCACCCCAUGUAUCAUAGGGAACUUUCACCUCAAAAUCUUUCUAAGCAAAGUGUGAAUAGGAUUUUUACUCCCUUUGUACAGUAUUCUGAGAAAUGCAAAUAAAGGUAACGUGUUCCUGUU